AUGGCGAUCUACAAGCUAGCCGUCGUCAUCGGGGUGGAUUCCUCGUCUCCGCCUUCUCUCGCGGAGGGCGGCGGCAGCGGCGUGGGAGAGGACGAGGAGAUUCUAGUUGUCCAGCAGUCGGCCCCGCCUAUGCUAGAGCAGGAGGAGUACCGGCGCUACGUGGACUCCGAUCUCUGGGAUCUGCCGUCCGCUCCGUUGAAGGUGGUGGAAGAUGGGGCGGCGGUGGAUGAGUUCGUCGUGGAGGGGGCCGAUUCUUGCUCAGAGACUGUCGACUUGAGGAAGUUUGACGUCCGCUCCGCCAUCGAUCAGGUGGACGGGGUUGAUUCAGGAAUUGCCUUUAACGUACUGCGUUUCCCAUAAUCGAGAUGGCGGGGAAGUUUGUGUUGUUCGGGAGCAUAAUUGAACGCCUCUUCGGCCGCGUCGUUUUUUUGUCUUUGCGGCACGAAACCUAGCACUCUCGACGCAGAUGCGUCCUUCCUUCCGGUGUGAAGUGAUGGAAGCUCUCAUACAUUUUAUUAAAUGCGUCAUGUUGAGAAUACUGUAAAUUAUAAGUGUUAAGCCUUGGUUUUGGUUAAUUAGCGGAACAAUCAGUCUCUGCGUCUGUCCCAAAACUGGUUUCCUCAGGUGGUAGUCUUUCAAAAUGAUGGCACGUCUCUUCCCAGCAUAAAAUACCGUUCCAAAUUUCGGAACCUAUGGGAAGCUCGUCUGGAGCCUCUCCUUUUUCGGUCUACUUGCAAGAUCAAUGGUUCUUGUGAGGAGUAUUUUAGCUUAGACUCUGACCACGACAUCUUUAAGCAGAUAGUUAAAACAAUGCACUGAGUUAGAAAUUUUCCCUGUGCCCCUUGUAAAGUUUCCAAUUAGCUAGUGAAUUUUCUAAACCAUUUUAAUUUGACAUAUUGUAUUUAAUAUCAAAUAUUGAACCUGUAUUCUGAUGGAUUCUAACCGUUGUUUCUUGAUUUUAUUCAUUUCUUGCUCCUAUUUUGCAUCUCUCCUCUUUGCCCUGAAACUUUGGAUUCGUACCACUUCUCCCAAUUACAAUGCACAUAUUCCAUUGAAGUAAUGUGGCCAAAUUCAAAUUAUAAUUUGCGAAUUCGAAAGCUUCGCAUUAUAAUCAUUACAACAGGAUGAACAUUUUUGGAUGCUUUCGUACAGGUGAUGCGCCAAGUGGGUUUCCUGACUGCGGAUAAUGGACACUGGACGUAUGGGAAGUUCGCUAAGGAACCUGAUUUUGGACCAGAACCUCCUGUUCAUACAUUAUUUAUUCUUGGAAAGUUCAAGUUUGAACGAAAAAGCAUUCAAGGUUUACACAUCACUCUACACCUGGAUAUUACUAAUCACAUUCAGACGUGAACUCUGGUGUUUUUUCUGUGUAAAUAAUUCUUCACUAAUGGAUGAUGGAACUUCAACUCAUUCUCACUGAUUAAAUCAAGUACAAUUUUCAGAUAAAGGGUCCAAGUUAAGCAAAUGGAUAUCCGUUCAAAGUGCCUUAAAGUUGCUUUUGGAAGUUAAUCCCGGUGGUGAUCGGAUAGGACCUUUGUUUGUGACUAUGUUUUUUUCUGAAGCUUCCAAGGCAAAAUGGAAAAUCCCUCCUACGUUUUAUUUUCAGGUGCAAUCUUAUUACGUUAAUCUGAAAAUCCUGUGUUGGGCAAACGUUUACUGGAUCAUUCAUCUGUCAUGCACCACAUUUUUCAUUUAUCUAGUUUCAUCAUUUAUGAAGUCCGCCAACUGAAAAUUCUUAUGAUUUAUCGAAUGCAAAUUUAGUACUUUUUAAUUUGCCGUACCGUGUAUCCUUCCAUAGUUGUUGCCGUUGAUGUCUGGUGACUUCAGGCCUUAGAGGCUGCAGAACAUCGUCUGGCAAUUGGAUUGGGCGAAACCUCCCUUUUAAUGUAUUGAUUCCUAAGUCUGUUGACGAGCAAAGGGACAAAUGUCCCCCUUUGGGGGGCAUAGAGAAGAUCGAAUGUCAGGCCUCUCUUUUCUCCUUUGGAGGGAAAGGAUCUGGGUUUUGAUAGGAUUUUUACAAAAUUCCUUACGAGAAAAAAGGGAAACAAACUAUGAUUGUGUCUAAAACUAAAAAUUACGAUGAAAUGAAAAGUAGUAGGAAAAUAAUAAUAAGAAGAAAAUAAGGAAAAUGGUAAGUGUUACCUUAUCCAUAAAUAUCUAUUAAGGAAAAUGGUAUAAUGCUAUUCAAUCAAGUCCUUUCACUAACGUGGGGAAUCGAUGAUAUUUAUUCCAGAGGUUUUUAUCUAUUCUUCAUUACUUGAAAGAUGGGUGUCUUUAGGGUUUUUUCUGAGCUUAAAAAUAGAUCCUUAGUGUUUUACACUUCAGUAUUGACAUAAAGAGAUGAAUCUUUUGAUGUAGGAGUAUCCUCCUGGUGUCUGCAUUUUACCCAUGAGGAGCAGAACAAUUAAGCCCUUUCGCACAACAAAUUUACUGGUUAUGACGCAGUCUGAAGCGAACGAAGACGUUGAGUAUUCGACAUGUGUUGCCCAUGGAGAUGCUCUGCUAGUGGACCCUGGUUGUUGCUCUGAGUUUCAUGCAGAGGUAUGACACCGCAAGACUUCAUUGUAUGACUUAUAUGUGUGAUUACGAGUAAACUAUAGCCCCUUAUCACGAUUGCUCUUUUUUAUAUGACAACCAGUAAACUAUAGCCAUUCAUAAAGUUUACUCUUUUGUAUCUAUGACAAUCAUGGCAUGACGUGCUUAAUACUUUACUAGAGCGGAACAAAUGCAUACCUUUUGUCCCCUAGGCCUAUGUAAAUAAACCAAGACGGGGGUGAGUUGGGUUGUAACCUUCUUUCUGGGUGUUCGGCGGAAAUCAAAAGAAAAGUAAAAGAUCAAAACACUAUCAGGUUUUUUUAGCUCGGCCCUGCCUUCUCCACACUUUCGAGACUUAUCAUAUGUAGCACUAAUCCCGGUCGAUUCCAGGGUGAAAUCUUACCUAUCACUGUUAAUUUCUUUGUGCUAACUCACCUCUAGUAGACACUAGGAUUCGGGAACUAGCUCAUCCCAAAUGCAUUUGAAAUCAUUGAACCCACCCAGGUAUUAUUACCUAAUACCAGCUUCCUCAUGGCAUUCACCAGGGAUGAGACACUUAAAACACUCCACCAAGAAUUGAUGCGUCGAAGCAUUCUUGCUCUGGUAAUUGAGGCUUUGGAGCGUGAAUGACUGUUUUUUUUUCAAUUGCCUUGGGUCUUCUCCUUCUUGUUGAAUUCAGUUCCCAAAAAAGUUUGUUGGAGCUUAUAGAGACCUCGAAUAUAUUCACCAUUUACCUUAAUGGCCCAAACUCUGUGCAGAGAUCUGGUUAACUUGGUGGUUGACGUAAAACUGUUACCAUGAGGGGUCAAACUGGUUACCUUAAUAAAACUGUUUCGUAUAUUCUUCAUUGAGGGGUCAAAUUGAGUAAACAAUAUUAUUGAUUGAUUUAUCUUCCUGAGAACAAUAUAAUGAUUAAGAAAUUUAUGCAUAUUACUAAAUUAAUAAAUAAAUAUUAUUCGAGUUCUCCUUAUAAUUAUCAUAAUCAUGCUAUGAGACUUAUAUAAUGUCCCAUCGAUACAUAAAAUGUUAACCGGGGUUUUGUCACUACUAAAAUAGUGAUUUUGUCAUUUUCAAAAUCAUUCCAUUUAGGGUUCAUAAUGAAACCCAUAAUACCGCUGAAAAAUUAGCCAAAAGAAGUUGUGCAAUUGAAAUGGGAAGACAAGAAUUAGACAAGAAGUUGGCUAAUUUUUGGCUAAAAAAUUAGCCAAAAGAAGUUGUACAUAAUACGUAAAGUAGCACACACUAAGAUCAGGCAUGCUUUUGGUUCCUGUGUAGGGGGUUCUAUUUUUUGGGAUUUGAUUGUCUGCAUACAUUUUUUUGUUUCCAUGUUCUUAUGUUUUAUGUUUUAUGAUCAUGUGGCAGUAUCCACUUUCAAACGAUGAAACAUAUUUUCUCAUUGAAAUUGGACCGGAGUUGAUAUUGAUGAUGUACUAUAUGCUGAUAGUUAAGAUUUAGUUGUCGCAGAAGGGGAACAUUUUUCUUUCAUAAUUUAAAGGCUUUGUCGAGACCUGAUUCUGGAUCAUGCCAUGACAAUGGUUCGCCACAUCAGGCACCACAUCAGUAGACUGCAACAUGGUGGUUACUAUCAGCAGGGAUGAUCCUCUCUCACUUAUUUCGAUUAGGAUACCUUGUAUUAUUGGGUUGCAGAAACUUUCCUAGGUCUCCUUUUGUUAACUUUACAUGAUUGUGCUGGGAAAUAUUUCAAAAUUCAUCAGGAGAUUUUCUUUAGAGGCUGUAAAUACUCAGUUCCUAUGCCUUGAUAGUCUUGUUGGUGAAAGAGAUUUGUUACUGAUAUUUUGGUGGUUCUCAGAGUUUUUUCUGAAAACCAAGAAAAACUUCUCAAUUUCUUUUUCUUACGAUUUUUUUUAUUUGCUUAUUAAGCUGUCCUUUCUGGAAAUCCAUGCUUGGUAGCUGAUAUGUUUAGCCAUGAUCUCAAGUUUUUGAUGUUUAUUCAUUUUCCUAUCUCACUAAAUAUUGACAAGGACAAGAUCCUCACUCACCAGGUGAGGUUCUCAUUCGAAAUCACAUGUUUAACCUUUCGUGACCAUUAUGUUUGCUAAUUUUUUUUAUAUUUUGAACAGUUGGCAGACAUCGUAGCAGCAUUGCCAAGAAAAUUAGUGGUCUUUAUAACUCAUCAUCAUUAUGAUCAUAUUGAUGGUAAGUACUGAUAUGCAUCGAGAUGUAUAGUAGUUCCAUUUACUUGCUCCUUUGGGGCUCUAACCUAAUGAUUUCAGACAUCUCCUUCUUUAAGAUCGUAUUUCCUUUGUGUUGAUGACACAAAAGGGUGAUAUUACACACGCACACACACGUACACGCACUUGUUAUUAUCUUCUUUUAGCUACUCAUUCCCAUAACAACUAUUAUGUACUGAUGAACACAAUUCUAUUCCCAUAAUAACUUUAGUAAGUUGAAGACUUCUAUUCACCAAUCUCCUACGUUUACCACAGAAAAAUCCAUUCUUCAAUGAAGUUUUAUGCUGCGGUUGGGAGAUGAACAAUUAACUUGAUCCAUUCACGCAACAAUUAACUUGAUGAACUUUACUCAAGAUGAUCCACGUAAGCCAUAUGUUAUCGGUAUAAGAUCGGCCACUUACCAUGGAAUCUGGGUUGUUUCAGUUGAUCAGGUUCUCAAGUUCCUGAUUAAUGAGAUAAGAAAAUGCCAAUGAUGAUGCAUUAUGGAUUUUUAGCUUUGUUGCCGGGACUGUUUACAUUUUUAUAUGUUUCUCAAGCCUAUCAAGAUGUCUCAUUCUAUUAGCUUUAGUUUUUACUGCGACUCAACAUAAUUAUAGUUUCUUCGGGUUCAUGGCAGGUCUUUCAGUCAUCCAGAAAUGCAACCCUGAUGCUCUUCUUUUGGCACACGAGAACACUAUGAAUCGUGUUGGAAAAGGUUCCUUUUUUCACGAUUUUGAUGAUUGACCAUUUUUAAAUUGUGUGGGUUAUAAUUUACUUGCUACAAUCAGUUUCCCUUCCACGGCAACUACCGCUGUGCCACUGGUUUUGUUGGUCUAACAGUAAAGUUGACGCUACUAUUUAUGCAUGAGAUGAGGUAUCUCAAACUCAAAUAACCAACAAUAACUUUAUAUACAUGAUAUUUCCAGGAAAACCGACAUAAUGAAAGUUAUAAUCUUUGGACAAUUUUAAAGGAAUAAAUCUAAACAAUUCUCGUCUGACCCAUAGUUUUCUACCCUUAUACUUUCGUCGAUAAGCAAGGAAGAUACGCGGAACAAUCCUUACUUUUCACAUAGUUUUUCCUCACGUUCUCUGUUCUGAAGAUCAUUCGCUUUUCAGCAAAUGAUCUUCAGAACAGUUUGUUCCCUUAUACUUUGUUACUGUGCUCUAUUUUUCCAAUAACCUAGUGUUGACCAAGCUUCCCACAAACUUUAAUACUCACAGCAGCAAAGGGAUUUUCUACAGCUAGAUCUGUUUUCACUGUGUCAAUGGGCCAUGUAGUAGAUUAAUUUCAUUUUUUGUAUUCAAUUUUUUGUUUAAAUGUGGUUAGUAAAAGUCAACAAAUAAGAAUAAUUAUACUCAGUUAUUAGCUUUCUAUUGAUGACAGAGGCGUGGUCUUCUAGUUAUAUCAAAGUUUCUGAUGGUGACAAGAUGAAUAUUGGUGGUGAACAACUAAGAGUGAUUUUUGCACCGGUAUUUGGAACUUAACUUUUCUUCUUGAGAAUCACUUCUGAUUGGUUAAAAAUAAGGGACUAUUCCUUACCUGCUUGGAAGUAUUCCCAUGUUAUUUUUAUAUUGUUUUUUGAUCUAGCAUCGGAUACUUUUUGUAAAGAUAUUUUGGAUGAAUGAUAAAUUUAGUGGCUUGGUUUUUACAAAAAAUCACUUAGUAUCCUUUUUUUAAAUGUUUAAAGAGCCAAGUGAUAAUUACAAUGAAGAGAGAAAAAAAAUCUACGAGUGUGAAAAAUGUAAGCUCUCACGAAGAAGCCCAUACACAUCAGUAAUUUGCUAGACAGAGAAAAGAAGACAAACUUACAGACAUAGCAACCCAUACACAUCAGUAAUUUGAUAGACAGAGAAAAGAAGACAAACUUACAGACAUAGCAACCCUAAGUAUAGAACCACAUCCUUCUUCCUAAUGUGAAAACCUGACCCACUCAUUUAACAUGUCUCGUGCCCAAUUAAAGAGGAACAAACGCUGAGGUGUUUUCCUCUUUAAAAAUAUGCUGCUUCCUCUCUGUCUAGGUAGCAUAAAGAGUAACCUGUAAAAUAAACCGUCAAAUCUAGAAAAACUUGUUCACUGAUGGUUCCUACUCAGACAAGGCCGAUCGUACUUGAAUGCUGACAUGAAAGAUCUACCUUGAGGUGUACUGACUGCCUGGUCUCGUUAUAAAAGGAAUAAAUACCCAAUGAAUAAAAAUUCCAAAUUUUCUUCAUCCUUGCCGCAGCACGGAUCAUGUUUAUGAAAGAAGCCAAACGAUCACAAUUCGUGGGGAGUCUCCCAUGUGGAAUCUUUCCCACCUAAAUCUUUACUUAAAUGGGGCUGGGGUUCGUCAAAUCCGGGGAACGAUGAGAUUUAAGGCCUCCGUCAAAGAAGAUGCAGUAAGAUACUUAUUCGAAUUGAUAAACCACCUCCUUUCACCCAUCUCUGCUCCCUCUUUUCUGUCUUGGGGUUUAUAAUGCAACUCUGUACAAGUAGGUCUAGGAUGUCUUCAGGUUAUUGUAUCUCUUCAAUUUGUAGGUUCCUCCGAAUUCUUUGGCACAACUCUCAUCCUAUUUCAUUGCUAAAAGCUUGUGCGUUGGUGACAUCAGGACCAUGAACUGCCAUGAAGAGAAGAGGAAACUGAUUAUUGAAAGAAGAGGUUCCGAAUCAACAUUCUUUCAUGGAUAAAGUUCUUUUUCCCAUUUCCGAUACGAAUACGCACUACGUCUCUGGCUUUUAUGAUAUGCUUCCAAUUCUAGUAAUUUUAGGUUGGUAAUAGGUAUCAGAUGUCAAAAUUACCAUCCAACGUAUUACUAAUGUCUAACAACUUCCUGUCUGUGCACGCCAUCAUCAGUCCUCAGUUGCUACUCAUUUUCUUAAAAGGGAUAGUUUGAAUUUCCUGAUGUUAAUACUGACAAGGCUUCCAUUGUCAUCACGUUUAAAAAUCCUGAAAUGUUUUUGUUGAGAAAUCUGGAGUCAUUGAGAAAACUGACAUGCAGGAGAAACUUCCUCUGUUCCGUAGGACAGAGGGGAGGAACGGUGGAAACCGCCUCUCAGAUUCAUUCACAAUUGAGGGACGAACCCUACAUACAAAUUUCUAUAAUAUCAUAGCGAUCGCAAUAUUACACUUAGAUCUUCUAACAGUUUUUUUAGGGUAUCUUUUCUGUCAUACAAUUUGGAACCGGAGACCGGAACGCCAGAAACAUCAUUCUGAGUAUCACUGAUUCUCUUUGGGAAUAGGUCUAUCACUUUUCAAAGUAAAUGCGGAAGACAUACGGUUGGAAUCUUAUAUUAGGAAAUCUUCAUUGCAUUAAUGGGUGGAGCAGUAGGAUGUAAUAUAUUCGAAUUAAACAUUAGAUAAAAAUAUUUUAACGAUGAAUAAAGGCAUUAGCAGAUCUAAAAGACUGAUUUUAAUUUGCCAUUCAUGCAGCUGUCGUAAUACCAGGCAAUACUUUACACAAAUAAACAAACCCAUGCCAUGCUGGCUGAGGGAUUGCUUGUACUUUGUCCUUACCCGUUCCUAUUUUGGUGCUUGAGUAAUGGCUCCAAGUUACUUCCUUUUAGGGAACACAAAACUAAAUCGCCUCUGAAAUUACGUUGUCCAUGUUUUCAAUUUUAAAUUUUACUUCAUUUUUCUAAAUGAUUUUUCGGUUUUUCGUCUUUAAUUUCAUCAUACACGAUGAUUUUAUUUCGUCAGAAUUUUAUUGUGGAAAUGUCACUUUCAGGGGCAUACAGAUGGUCAUGCUGCCCUGCUUCAUGUUAGUUCAAACUCACUUGUUGUAGGAGAUCAUUGUGUGGGGUAAGUUCUUUGCAAUCAUAGAGAAGAUUUUUCAACUUUAAUUUCCCAUCUUUCACAGUUUUCUUAACGUUCAGUAGUGUCAUUUUGAGCAGAAAGACGAAGUAUAACCUUUUUCAAUCUUUUAGAUGUUUGUCAUCAGACUAUUUUUUUUUUCUUGCAAUGGUCCUCAUAUGCAAAAUCCUCUAUGAUGUUGAAGAAACUGGUCAAAUUGUGUUAUUAUAAAAUCAUUUUGUUUUUCCCAACCAAACAAGAAGUACCAGAUACCUUCAGAAAGGCACUUCAAAGGCGCCAAUUUGAUCGCAUGAUAUCUUCACACUAUUUGUCAAGGUAGUGGUGGUAAAUAUUUUUGAGUAGGCUGCAAGUGAGUGCAGGGUUCCGUUAUAGAAAACAAAAGUGCAAAUGUCCAUCUAUCCCCUAUAAGUAUAGUGUUCUAUUCAACAACGAUGACAGGAAGAGGAAAAAAUUGAGAAAAGCAUAAAGAGAGGGGCUGGAAGCAUUUUCCACCACUAGAAGAAACAGAACAAAAAGAUAUGUAAAAGCACAUGGUGAGCUGAGCUUUUGUUGGUUGGGCAGAUGCGAUCUCACUAUGCUCAAACUGCCCACUGAUACAAGACUCUCAGUUACCUCCAAUCCAAAGCUUCACUAUGUCCACUGGCUAAAAAAAAUCAUUUUGCUUGAGUAGAAGUUUUUAAUGCGACAUUAUUGACGUAGGUGGCCUCUCUUUUUGGUCUGUAAUUUUUUGGAGUCACUAGCAACUUUUUUUUUUUUUUUGCGUUGUCUAUUUAUAAUGAUUAUUAGUUUAGGCAAUUUCUCCCAUGCUUUCCCAUAUGAACCUUUCUUUCUAACCUUUUUUGCUUUUGCUUUGAUAGUCAGGGGAGUGCCGUCCUUGAUUUUAGAUCCGGCGGUAACAUGAAGGUAGUAGUCUACUUAUUUUUCUCGUACAAUUAGACAUUCUCCAUCCUCAUAUGGUUGUGAAUUACUCUCAUUAUUGUUUUUCAAAGGAAAUACAAUUACUGAGACAAUAUUUUGGCGGGCUCUUUGUUGCUGCAUUAAUGGUUUUUUAUUAUUUUAGAAAAUUCAGUCUUAUGAUUUCACAGAGAACUCGUUUAUCAGGAAUUGUUCCUGAUACAAGUUCCUGUUACAUGCAGGACUAUUUCGAAACAACAUACAAGUUCCUGGAAUUAUCACCGCAUGUUCUGAUUCCCAUGCACGGAAGAAUCAACUGCUGGCCUAAGAGCAUGCUUUGUGGAUACCUCAAGUAUUCUCUCUCUCUCUCUCUCUAUAUAUAUAUAUAUAUAUAUAUAUAUAUAUAUAUAUAUAUGUAUGUAUGUAUGGCGGAUAAAAUCAUAUAUACGCAUGGCCUAAUCAUUAGUUCAAGUCACACACUCCCAUAAUCCAUCUUCUCUUCGGAGAAUCUACUUCAACUAUUCAUACGAAAGUAUUAAAUGGGUAAUACAACACUUCAGAGUUGAAGAGAACUAUCCAAUUAACAUGUUUUAUUUUUAAAUAAUAUAUGUAUAUGUGCAUAUAUAAAAAUGCAUAUAUAUAUAUAUAUGUAUAUAAAAAAGCGCAUUCAUGUGUUCCCCACUGUUAUUUCUUUUCCAGUUCGACAGAACGGCUGUCUCACGCAUGAAACUAACUAUGAUUACAUUUGGCAUAGAAGUUUACAUUACUGUCUCCAUAUGUAUCCACAGAUUAAACAAAUAAAACGACUGUCUUUGUAAAAAACACCACUUACUGUUGCCUUAUUCUUUUUUUUUUUUUUUCUGCUGAGGAUCAUUCUAGAUAAGUGCGCCAUGAUUAUUUAUUUGUAUGAUUUUUCUAUUUAGCAGUAUGAAUUAGGCACCAUUGGUAAAAUUUCUAGAUAUGAAUGGCUACUCCCAUCGUGUUCUCCAUGUAUAGUUCAGAAGCUCGUAAAAACUCCCAAUAUCCGAAAGCUUUAGAGCGGAAUGCAAAACAUGGGGUGAUGAAAAUAAGAAAAAAAUAAGCCGAUUAUGUCUCCAGAUUCCAUUCUAUCAGCCCACUUGUGAUCUUUCCAAAAACUGUGCUUGCUUGGUUCGAAUUUCUGAAGAUUUCAGUUUAAACACCAUUAUUUAUUUACAUGUAUAUAUAUAUAUAUAUUUAUUUAUUUAUUUACAUGGGGUGUAAGUACAUAUGUAAAGAUUCAAAUAUCAGGGAUAUUUAGGGAGGAAUGGGAGAGAUAUGAUUGAUGAACGUAAGAGCUGAUUAUCUUUUUUCCCUAGUUAAAAACCCGUCACCCGUUUGGUGUAAUUUCCGACGGCUUCGAUUUUUGAUGAUUCUAUUUCUGCAGGCACCGGCGGGACCGGGAGCUGUCCAUUUUAGGGGCCAUCGAGAGCGGAGCUGAAACUCUCUUCGACAUCCUUGCCAAGUCCUAUUCCGAAGUGGAUUCCAAAUUCUGGUUUGCUGCUUCUUCCAAUGUAAGACUCCACGUGGACCACCUGGCCCACCAAGGAAAGCUCCCACAGGUAAUCCAGUAAUCGUUCUAUCCCCAUCAUUAUCGUCGUCAUUUUCCCUUCUUCUUCUUCUUCUUCUUCUUCCAUAAUAAUAAUAAUAAUAAUAAUAAUAAUAAUAAUAAUAAUAAUAAUAAUAAGAGGAAGAAGGAGAAGAUUAUUAUUAUUAUUAUUAUUAUUAUUAUUAUUAUUUGCGAGCUUUUUUUUCAUAAACGAGAUUUAAAUGUCUAUAGCAUGAAGGGUGACGAGGGUUAUUUCUUUGGGGGGUGGGGGGAGGGGUGCAGGGCUUCUCGGUGGAGACAUUCCUCAGCAGCUUUUCUGAGAUGGGCCAUAAAACGGCGUAAUGGAUGGGCUCGAACGGAUAUUUCUUCUUUGAUUCCCGGAGACACGUCUUUAUGACUCCUUUGUAACCCUUUCUCUCUCCGCUGUCUGUCUCUGUCUCUCUCUCUCUCUCUCUCUCUCUCUCUCUCGGUGAUCUCGUAGGGUCAGUCGAGGGCAGGUAGACUUUGGCCGCCGAGAUCCAGAGAUCAGAGGAUCUUCGUAGAACUAUUACGAGAAUAAUUAAUCAAUUAAUUAUUAAUACGUUUUGUUGCUUUCUGGUCGGCAUGGGCUCGUGGUGCAGGGGUUCUCUCACGAGAGGUUUCUGGCGUCGUGUCGACUGCGUUUUCUGUGUUGCUGGGUCUGCGCCCUUCUCUUCGGUGUUGCCCGGAGGUUCUUCUCUGGCACAGUACUCGUCACCAUUGGUCUCGCCGGAAUAGCUCUCUCCUGCACACUAUACGCCUCGUGA